AUGGCUCCAUCCUGGCUCAGAACAAAGAAGCGCUGCUCUUCCGCUCAUGGGCAACAUGAGUUUGGCGGCAGAACCUGGAUUGCCGAGUCGGCGGGUCGAAAUGGUGACUGGAAGGUUGUAAAAGCAAAAGUUGGCAAAGAGCGAAAGCAACUCCACCAGAUCUCGGAGGAAGACGCUGCUGAUGAUGAUGGUCGAACUCCAAUCCUGACCCGCUCAAAACCCGAAUUUAUAAGAGGGUUCAAACGCGACAGGAAAAUAUCGCUCAAAGAUAUCCCUCGCACAAACUUGCAUGCAAGAUGGGAGAGUAUCCAGACGAUGAUGGAGAUGAGUGAUGUUGGCGUCUUCGAGUAUAACUCAGAGGGAAAAUUGUUGCACGCUAAUGAAGCAUGGUAUAGACUGAGUUCUCUUCCGAGAGAAGGCGAACACCCGGAAUUCUCAUUUAUGGAUCUUGUCCACCCAGAAGACCAAACGCUUGUAAUGUCCAUGUGGAACAACCUUGCUCUUGGGAAAUCUGUCACUUUUGAGAUGCGCUGGAAAGCACGUCCAGGUUCAAAUGAUUCCGCGCAAUGGGUCCUUUCAGCUUGCGUACCUGUAUUCGAUGACGACAAGCAGUUGAUCGGUAUUGCCGGCAACACGAUUGACAUUAAUGCACAGAAAAAGUCGCAAGCGGCAGCACAGGCACAGGUUGAGGCACUUGAGCAAGCAAGGCUGGCAGAAAUGAAGUUUGCCCGAUUCGCCCAAGUUUCGCCUGUUGCGAUCUACAUCUACGUGCCUGAAAGCGGCAUGAACUUUGUCAAUGACCAGUUCUACGAACUCACAGGUCAUGCACAUGCACCAGUCAACCAGUUCGAAUGGUUUGAUCUAAUCUCUGAUGAAGACGUGGAAAGGGUCAAACGCGACUGGGGAAGUAUGCUGCGAGGAGAUAAAACUGACGCAGUGCAAUUCCGUCUGAAGAAGACAUGGGUAAAUCAAGACGGCAAGCGCUCGAACAUCUGGGUACAAAGUUCGAGCUACCCGGAGCUUGAUGAGAGUGGGAAGGUAAUAAGCAUAAUGGGAACAUUAUUCGAUAUAUCGCAGUUCAAGUGGGCGGAAAGUGUUCAGCGACGUCGGAUAGAAGAGGCCUGGGAGGCGAAGCGGCAACAAGAAAACUUCAUUGACAUGACUUCCCAUGAGUUGCGAAACCCACUUUCCGCGGUGAUACAAUGUGCCGACUCGGUUAUUGCGUCGCUUCACCACCUAUCUGGACGACAGCUCAUGGCCUUGCACCCAGAUCAUGAUCUUUCCAAGGCAGAAUCAGAACUUAUGGGAUGCCUGGAAGCGCUUCAGAUCAUUGUUUCAUGUUCGAUGCACCAAAAACGCGUUAUUGACGACGUACUUACCUUGUCGAAACUCGACUCUAAUCUGAUAUUGAUCACGCCCAUGCGCGUACAGCCUGCAGUGGUAGUUUCGGACGCAGUAAGAAUGUUCGAGGUCGAAUGUAAUCAGGCAGGUAUUCAACUCGAUUUCACCCUAGACGAAACGUUUAGUGGUAUGGAAUGGACCAUGUUAGAUCCAUCGCGUCUAUUACAAGUCCUCAUCAACUUGCUGACCAAUGCCAUCAAAUUCACAAAGGAUCGACCUGAAAAGUCUAUCAAAGUCACCCUCGGCGGAUCCUGGUCUCGACCACCUAAAUGUUGGCAAGAUAUUACUUUUACCAAUGAUGAUGUGUCAGAUAUACAUGUCACUGAUAAAUCGGAAUGGGGGGAAGGGAAGAAAGCAUACCUCUGGCUUAAAGUCAAGGACACGGGCUGCGGCAUGACAACUGAUGAGCAGAAGAAACUCUUCUCUCGGUUUUCCCAGGCCACGCCACGCACGCACGUCAAAUACGGCGGUUCUGGUCUAGGCCUCUUCAUCUCAAAAUCCCUUACAAAACUCCAAGGAGGCUCCAUUGGUGUGAACUCUGUCAAGGAAGGUGGAUCUACUUUUGCUUUCUAUGUCAGCACGCGACUCGCCCACCCACCAGCCGAUAAUGUCACGGCUCGAGCGGUGCAAGCCCGGCCUGUUCCUCAUAGAACUAUGACAGGCGAACAAGCGAUGCAGAUGAUCACACUUAACGUCUUGAUCGUCGAAGACAACCUAGUCAACCAAAAGGUGCUUAAGAAGCAGCUAAUGAAAUUUGGCUGGAACAUCAGCGUCGCAGGCAACGGACAAGAAGCCCUAGACUGGCUAAAAGACAGCGUAUACUGGCACAACGAAGACGACGACCCUACCACCACAGAAAACAAACACGAACUAGACAUCAUCCUCAUGGACAUUGAAAUGCCCAUCAUGGACGGCCUAACUUGCGCCCGUCUAAUCCGCGAUUACGAACACCAAGGCCUCCUCGUCGCACCGCGCCCCGGCCCUUCACCCCAUAGACGCGCUUCGGCAAAAUCCAUAUCCCCCAUUCGAACCGAAGAAGAUAGAAGAUCUUCAGACGCACAAAUCGUCCAGUCGCCCACGUCUACAUCACACGAACGUCCCGACAGACAGUCCCUGCGUCUCCCCAUUCUGGCCGUCAGCGCAAAUGCGCGCAUGGAGCAGAUUGAACAAGCCCUUUCGGCUGGUAUGGACGAUGCGAUAUCUAAACCUUUUCGCAUACCGGAGCUUUGGCCUAAGAUUAGGGGGCUGGUGAAGAGGGUGGCGCAUGUGGAUACGCGUGCGAAGCCGCUCGUCGAUGUUACGAAACCCAGCGUUCCAGAGGAUAUCGGCAUCUUCAGGGGUCAUUUGUCGAUAUCCAUAAUAUCCAUGAACCGGUCCCCCGUCAAGAUAUAG